AUGUCCCACCCCGUGCCCUUCUCCGCGGCCAACAAGAAGUUGGUCACGUCCAUGUACCGACAGUCGCUCAAGUUGGCCCGAAACUGGAUUUCAAACCGACAGCUGUUUCGACAGAAGGCCGUCGAGAUCCGACACAAGUUCGACCAGAAUGCACAGAUCUCCAACCCCCGGCUGUUGGCAAGAACUCUCGACGAGACCCGAGCACACCUCUACGAGUUCCGACACCCCGACCCCAUCGUCCCUCCUUCUUUCCCCGGAGGAACCAAAUACGAGCGAAACGUGCCUCCUCGAAUGGAGAAGAUCAUGCAGCACAACCUCUACGAACCCUGA